AAAUGUCUGGGCCAGCCCAAGGCUUGGAACUUCCACUUCCCCUUGGGUGGGGAAGAAAGCCCUAUAAAGAGGUCCUCCAGCACACAGCUGCUAUCCUUCUGGCAGUAGAGUCCCAAACUGCUCUCCAGAAACCGAUUCUGAGACUCCAGAAACAUGUCUUAUCAACAGCAGCAGUGCAAGCAGCCCUGCCAGCCACCUCCUGUGGUCAUAACUCCAAAGUGCCCUGAGCCAUGCCCACCUCCAAAAUGCCCGGAGCCGUGCCCACCUCCAAAGUGUCCUGAGCCAUGCCCACCUCCACAACAGCAAUGCCCUCCUGUGCAUCCUGCCCCACCCUGCCAGCAGAAGUACCCACCCAAGAACAAGUAACAACAUCAGCAGUCCUCAGGUCAUGAAAAAGGAAGGAAAUCUGGCUCACCUCCUUCUAUGGCAGCACCUUCUUCUCUUCAAAGUGUUUCAUGAGCACAGAAGAGCCUUCUUCAUCCUUUCAGCUGUAAUCUGCCUCCAAGGAUUUCUCUCUCCCAUCCAGAGGAACUCUCAUCUCUCCCUUGGUCCCAUCCCAUGAUGUCUCCUGAGCCUCUCUGUUACCUGGGCAGGGAUUUCUAUCUCCUGGGAGAUUAAAACUAAACUUUCACAUCCUGAUUAAA